AGAGAGUUCACUUCUCGGUGCUGUAUCGGAAGCGGUGGCUUUCUCGGCCCUCAACGAGAGAAUCUGAUGUUGGUGAAGCCCAGUAUCAUCUCUGGCUUGGUACGAUUGACUUCUCAUUCACCUUCUUCUUCUUCAAGUGUGCUCAGAAGGCAAGAGUUCUUGGUACGAACGCUUUGUGGGUCACCAAUCAUCAGAGCAAUGAGUUCCACAUCAGAGGCCGACGCUGAGAGUGUUCUUAGAACCGUGACGCCAUCGCUCGAUCUCAAACGACACAAAGGCCAAGCUGGGAAGAUAGCUGUGAUUGGAGGAUGUCGUGAAUACACAGGAGCUCCAUACUUCGCUGCCAUUUCAGCUUUGAAAAUCGGUGCUGAUUUGUCUCAUGUAUUCUGCACGAAAGAUGCAGCUCCUGUUAUAAAGAGCUAUAGUCCUGAGCUUAUAGUUCACCCUGUUCUUGAGGAAUCAUAUAGCAUCAGUCAACUCAGUGAAGAAGAUAAAAGAGAAGUUCAAGAUAAAGUGCUUGGAGAAGUCGGUAAAUGGAUGGAAAGAUUUGAUUGUCUUGUUAUUGGUCCUGGUUUGGGAAGAGAUCCAUUUCUCCUGGAAUGUGUGAGUAUUAUCAUGCUUCUUGCCAAAAAGUCCAAUGUUCCUUUUGUUAUAGAUGGGGACGGGCUGUUUCUUGUAACAAAUUCCAUUGAUCUUGUCCACAGCUAUCCGCUUGCUGUCUUAACCCCAAAUGUGAAUGAGUAUAAGCGCCUGGUUCAAAAAGUACUGAAUUGUGAAGUAGAUGAACAAAAUGCUGAAGAUCAGUUACGUUCUUUGGCCAAACAGAUUGGUGGUGUCACGAUUCUCAGGAAAGGGAAAUCUGAUCUUAUAAGCAAUGGGGAGACAGUAAAAUCAGUAAGCAUAUAUGGUUCACCAAGGCGCUGUGGUGGACAAGGCGAUAUUCUCUCUGGAGGUGUUGCAGUGUUUUUGUCAUGGGCACAACAGCUUAAAUCCGAUCCUGAAAGUCCCUCUGAGAAUCCAGCUAUCUUGGGAUGCAUAGCUGCAUCUGGCCUUCUCAGAAAGGCUGCAUCUCUGGCCUUUACAAAACAUAAGAGAUCAACUCUCACAAGCGACAUUAUCGAAUGUUUAGGGGAGAGUUUGGAGGAUAUCUGCCCUGCAUCUUAAUCUCAGAACACAUGAAGUAGAGUUGUCUUGCCUUCUACAACAUCUUAUUGUCUGUGGGAAACUUUAGAAGUGUCUGUUCUCUUGUGUCUAUUUACCUCACAAUUGUUUUUUCUGAAUAAUAAAACUUGAAUGCUGUGAUUACCAAGUAAAGAUUACGAUAGAAACAGAGAUAUCGCCUGUUCUUCCUCAUUACCAUUGUGAGAUUUACU